AUGCGUAGCUCACUUAUCCUCGAAGAUGGUUCUAGGUACGCUGGCACUGGUUUUGGUGCCGCAAAAAAUAUAUCCGGUGAAGUUGUUUUUCAAACCGGUAUGGUUGGUUAUACCGAAUCACUGACAGAUCCGUCCUAUUCGGGUGAAAUACUUGUGUUAACAUAUCCAUUAAUUGGAAAUUAUGGUGUUCCCGAUGAGAAGGUUUGUGAUGAAUUCCAUAUACCACGUUGGGUUGAAUCCAAUAAAAUUCAUGCAGCAGCAGUAAUUGUUAGUGCUCAUUCGGAGAAUUAUAGUCAUUGGAAUGCACUUGAAUCAUUAUCAUCAUGGCUUAAACGACAUAAUAUUCCAGCUUUAUAUGGUAUCGAUACAAGAAUGUUAACAAAAAAAUUACGUGAACGUGGAACAACGCUUGGAAAAGUAAAAUGUCCACCUUUUUGA